UUGUUUUCUUCGUAUACUUUUGUCGUAGAACAUGUCUAUUACUCAAGAUCGUACAGAGCUUUACGAAGAAAUUAAACUAUACAAAAAUGCUAGAGAACGUGAAAAGUAUGAUAAUCAAGCAGAUUUAUACGCUGUUGUUAAUACUUUACAACAUUUGGAAAAAGCUUACAUCAGAGAUUGUGUUACACCUAAAGAAUAUACAGCAGCAUGCAGUAAAUUGUUAGUGCAAUACAGAGCUGCAUUUAAGCAAGUUCAAAGCGAUCAAUUUCCUACAAUUGACGCUUUUGCUAGAGCAUUUCGACUUGAUUGCCCAGCUGCACUUGAACGAAUCAAAGAAGAUCGACCUAUAACUAUCAAAGAUGACAAAGGAAAUACUUCUAAAUGUAUAGCUGAUAUUGUAUCACUAUUUAUUACAAUUAUGGACAAAUUGCGUCUGGAAAUUAAGGCUAUGGAUCAACUUCAUCCAGAUCUUAGAGAUUUAAUGGAUACAAUGAAUAGACUUAGUAUAUUACCAAGUGAGUUUGAUGGAAAACAGAAGGUUGCAGAAUGGCUUCAGACGUUAAGUAAUAUGUCAGCAUCAGAUGAACUGUCAGAUACUCAAGUUAGGCAAUUAAUAUUUGAUUUAGAAACAUCUUACAAUGCUUUUAAUAAAGUUCUUCACAAUUCAUAA